UAAAAAGCGAGUCGUCAUGUUGUCGUUCCUCCCUCUCUGCCUUCGUCCGUCGGCCAGGCCGCAGCUUAUUUCAACCACCCCGGAACAAAACAUCAAGAACAGCCAUGUCCGAGAAACUUCCCUACAAAGUUGCCGACAUCAGCCUGGCUGAAUGGGGGCGAAAGGCCAUCGACAUCGCAGAGAAUGAGAUGCCCGGCCUUAUGAAGAUGAGGGAGCUGUACGGGCAGUCCAAGCCUCUGAAGGGCGCCAGAAUCGCCGGCUGCCUUCACAUGACCCUGCAGACCGCCGUGCUCAUCGAGACCCUCACUGCCCUCGGAGCUGAGGUUCAGUGGUCGAGCUGCAACAUUUUCUCCACUCAGGAUCACGCUGCCGCUGCCAUCGCCAAAUCUGGCAUUCCAGUUUACGCCUGGAAGGGGGAGACGGAUGAGGAGUAUUUGUGGUGCAUCGAGCAAACGCUGCACUUCAAAGACGGUCAGCCCCUCAACAUGAUCCUGGACGACGGAGGAGACCUCACUAACCUGGUCCACAAGAAGUACCCCAAACUGCUGGCAGGCAUCCGUGGAGUGUCGGAGGAGACCACCACCGGCGUCCACAACCUGUACAAGAUGCUAAAGAAGGGCGAGCUGAAGAUCCCUGCCAUCAACGUCAACGACUCCGUCACCAAGAGUAAAUUUGACAACCUGUACGGCUGCAGGGAGAGCCUGAUCGACGGCAUCAAGAGAGCCACGGAUGUGAUGAUUGCGGGUAAAGUGGCGGUGGUGGCGGGUUACGGGGACGUGGGGAAAGGGUGCGUACAGGCGCUGCGGGCGUUUGGUGCCCGUGUCAUCGUCACAGAAAUCGACCCCAUCAAUGCCCUGCAGGCUGCGAUGGAAGGUUAUGAGGUCACCACCAUGGAUGAGGCUUGUAAAGAAGGAAACCUCUUCGUCACAACCACCGGCUGUGAGGAUAUCAUCAUGGGACACCACUUUGAAAGCAUGAAGGACGACGCCAUCGUUUGUAACAUCGGACACUUUGACUGUGAGAUCGACAUGGGCUGGCUCAACAAAAACGCCGCCGAGCGCAUCAACGUUAAGCCGCAGGUCGAUCGCUAUCGUCUGAAGAACGGCCGUCACGUCAUCGUUCUGGCAGAGGGCAGGCUGGUGAACCUCGGCUGUGCCAUGGGACACCCCUCGUUCGUCAUGAGCAACUCUUUUACCAACCAGGUGCUGGCUCAGAUCGAGUUGUGGAAAAACACAGCAAAGUAUCCUCUGGGAGUUUACUUCCUCCCCAAGAAGCUGGAUGAGGAGGUUGCAGCCGCCCACCUUGAUAAACUGGGAGUGAAGCUCACCAAGCUAUCAGAGAAACAGGCCAAGUACCUGGGCCUGCCCAAAGAAGGACCCUUCAAACCGGACCAUUAUCGCUACUGAACCCCCUUCUAGUCAGAGGAAGAGGAGGAGUGGCCAGAGUGGUGCUGGUGUUUUGGUUGGUGGAAGUCUCAUUCUGGGCGUCGUGUCGGUCAUUGAAGAAUGGUUCCCCACCCCCACUCAUUAUCAAAAAAGUGCUGUAGAUGGUUUCAAUCAAUUGGACUGAAGUCUGAACCCAUUUCUGCUCUGCUGUGUUCAUGUUGGACCCGAGCCAGUGAGGAUCCAUCUUUCAGAACCAAGCCUCCAUAAAUGGUUUCAUUUAAAGGUGAUGAUUAGCUCAUGAACCCUGGGGUUCUGCAGGGGUUUUUAUUUUUAUGGGUACCGCUUCAUUUCAGCUUCACCGACUCCCACCAUUAUCCACGGCUGCCUCUCCCUCUUGGUCUGCUCUCCUCUGAAAUGUCUGCUGUGGCUGUUUGUAAAGACGGUUCUCUUGUCUUGUCAUUCCCUCUCCUUUCAUGGGAAAAUGGAAGCCCUCGCGCCCGUCUGUCCCAACUUGCUUCAAGUUUAAGACAUUUUGUCUUUGUUGAUAAUUCAUGGCGAAACCUGUGGCCUUAUUAUUCCAUGUGUUCACAUCAGCACUGCUUUCUGUUGGCACUUAAGACAUGGUGGUGGAAUUGGGUGAGAAGUGGACGUUCUCCUGUGUGUUGAACAGAUGCUGCUGCCAAAGUAACCGCUGAAGCUCCAGGUCUUCUGCCUGUUUCCAAGUCUUUCUGUGGUGAUUAUUUAAUUAGAUCUGGAGGUGUUUGCAUCGACCUUACCUCUACUUUUUUUUUUUUUUUUUUAAUUCUUCAGUAAACCAGAUUCUUCUGAAUUUUGGUUUAAAUGGAUCAAGAUUAAACAGUAUUUUUUUUUUUUUUUUUUUUUUUUUUGAACUGAAGAGUUCAGCUGCUCACGGUGUUAACUAUGUUGAAACUGUCAAAGAAACAAAAUAAAGCUGACUCGACUGUUUUAUUCA